AUGCAACUCUCAUCUACCCUCAAGAUUUGUUUAGUUGGUGACAUGAGUGUCGGCAAAACUUGUGUUGUGAAUAGAUUGGUCAAGGACAAAUUCACUGAAGAAGAAAAAGCAACAAUUGCAGCGUCAUUUGUUACUACCACUCUUACCAACAAUGUCACAAACAAAAAAGUUGACGUUUCCAUUUGGGCGGGACAGGAAAAGUAUCGAUCCAUGGUGAACAUGUAUUACCGGGGGUCGAGUGGCGGAGUAAUAGUUUUCGACCUGACAUCAAAGAACAGUUUUCUCCAUGUCAGGAGUUGGUAUAAAGACUUGAAAGAAGCGGUUCCUGAUGUUGCAGUUGCACUCAUCGGAAAUAAAUCCGACGCCUCCAAUUUCAGGGUCAUCCAGUAUGACGAGGCAAAAGCACUUGCAGAAGAACUUAAGAUCGACAUAUUCUAUGAAGUGUCUGCAAAAACAGGAGACAAUAUCAAAGUUGUAUUUGAAGAUUUACUCAAAAAUAUGAAACCACGAGAAAAGAACGAGGCGAACUAUCUUGAGCACCACCAAUUGGAAGAUAAACAAGAUCAGGGCUGUUGCUGA